UCCAAAAAUGUGCUAGAAAAAUUGGCCACUCAGUUCAUUUCAACAGAGAAAAGUAAUACUAGUUCUCAGGGUCCACAGCAUAAAGACAUGAUAAGGUCUAUGUCGCUAUACUUCUUGUUGAGAUUGAUGCAUAAGGGAAGUUUUAAUCCGAUAAUAAAAGUUGUCCGAGCAUUACUUCCAGAUGUGCUUCGGACUCUUAGUGCAACAAGGUUGCCUCUUGCAUGUAUUUCUAAUCCCUUGAAUAAACCUAAGCCUCUUAAAUUAGAUGUGUCCUUGCCUUCUUUUGAAGAUCUUCGAUGGAGCUUAGCACGGCUGUUGUACUUAUUUAACAUCCAACUUGAGAGAAAUGUUGCCACGUUCUUUGUGGUGCUCCUUGUAGCAUGCUUCUCAUUUGUUGUCAUUGGUGGUCUCCUUUUUUUCAAGUUCCGGGGUAGUAAACAAUCUCUGGAAGAUUGCUUCUGGGAAGCAUGGGCUUGUCUUUGUUCUUCAUCUACUCAUUUAAGGCAAUCAACACGCAUUGAGCGUAUCAUUGGAUUUCUUCUUGCAAUAUGGGGUAUAUUGUUUUACUCUCGCCUGCUAAGUACAAUGACUGAACAAUUUAGGAAUAAUAUGCAAAAACUCAGGGAGGGGGCACAAAUACAAGUUCUAGAGACUGAUCAUAUCAUUAUUUGUGGGAUGAAUAGUCAUCUACCAUUCAUAUUAAAGCAGCUAAAUAAGUACCAUGAAUACGCUGUCCGCUUAGGCACAGCUACAGCUAGGAAGCAGAGAAUUCUUCUUAUGUCCGAUCUUCCAAGAAAACAGAUGGAUCGGAUAGCUGAAAAUAUCGCAAAAGAUUUAAAUCACAUCGAUGUGCUUACCAAGAGUUGUAGCCUCAGUUUAACAAAAUCAUUUGAGAGAGCAGCUGCGAAUAAGGCACGUGCAAUAAUCAUACUGCCAACAAAAGGGGAUCGGUAUGAAGUUGACACAGAUGCAUUUCUUUCUGUAUUAGCCCUUCAACCAAUUCCAAAGAUGGAUUCUAUCCCCACCAUAGUCGAGGUUUCAGGUUCCAGUACAUGUGAAUUGCUGAAGUCAAUCUCAGGAUUGAAUGUAGCACCGGUAGAAAAUGUCGCAUCCAAAUUAUUUGUUCAGUGCUCUCGGCAGAAAGGGCUUAUAAAGAUCUACAGGCACCUGCUAAAUUAUCGAAAAAAUGUAUUCAAUCUUUGCAGCUUGCCUAAUCUAGAAGGAAUGACAUAUAGGCAAAUAAGACGUGGAUUUCAAGAGGCUGUUGUGUGCGGUCUUUAUCGUAGUGGGAGGAUAUUUUUCCACCCAAAUGAUGGUGAAAUUCUGCAGAAAACUGACAAAAUAUUGUUCAUUGGAUCCCUUGAGGGUACUAAAAAUCCAAAAUUUGUAACCACAUAUGGGCAAGAAGGAAAAGAUGGAAUCCAUAACAAGGAAGUACACGAAAAGGAUGUGCGUCAUGCGAUGGAGUUGAGUAAAUUAAGACAAGCUAAUGUUGUAAAACGUCCAAAUAGAUCAGGUUCCAAGGCAUCAGAUUGGAGUCUAGGACCUAAAGAAUGUAUUCUUUUACUUGGGUGGCGACCUGAUGCAGUAGAAAUGCUUCAAGAGUAUGAUAACUAUCUUGGUCCUGGUAGUGUUUUGGAAGUAUUAUCAGAUGCACCAUUAAACGAAAGAAUGAGCAGGACAAAUAACAUUACUGGUCACAGCAAACUCAAGAAUGUCCGAGUUUCGCAUAGGAUUGGAAAUCCAAUGGAUUAUGCCACUUUAGAGGGGACCAUUUUGAAUAUUCAGAAUUCUUUGAAGAAUGAAGAUAUUCCUCUCUCGGUCGCCGUCAUAUCAGACAGAGACUGGCUUCUUGGAGAGCCAUCAAAGGCUGAUAAGCAAUCUGCAUAUUCUCUCCUACUUGCAGAAAAUAUCUGCAACAAACUUGGGGUUAAGGUCCAAAAUCUAGUUGCAGAAAUUGUUGAUUCCAAAUUGGGAAAGCAAAUUAAUAGAAUCAAACCAUCGAUGGCCUAUAUUGCUGCAGAAGAAGUGAUGAGCCUUGUAACAGCUCAAGUGGCCGAGAACAGUGAAUUGAACGAAGUUUGGAAAGACAUUCUAAAUGCAGAAGGCGACGAAAUAUAUGUAAAGGAUAUUGGCCUUUACAUGAAAGAAGGAGAGAAACCAUCAUUUUCAGAGCUUUCUGAGAGAGCUCAUUUAAGGAGAGAAGUAGCCAUAGGUUAUGUAAAAAAUGACAGAAAGGUGAUCAAUCCAAUUCCAAAGUCUGAACCUCUCUUUCUUGCAUUGACUGAUUCAUUGAUAGUCAUAUCUGAGCUUGAAGGAGAACAACCCAUUGUAGUUUAAUGUUAUAAGGCUUAGGCUUUGAUAUAGUUAAAAGAAUAAACUAGGAAGAAUUAAAUAAAGGGUCAUUAGUUGGUAGUGAUUUGGUUAUGAUCCAGCAUUCUUGUAUGUGGUACUCCACAAUUCAGAAUAAAUUUUGUUUAACAAUUUAAACUUGUAAUGGAGGAGAUUAAAAUCGAAUUGAAAUUGAAGUACCUUAUGGCAUAAGCAAAGCUUAGGCCAGAUUCUUAUUAAUUAAGUCCCAUAAAACUCA